GUGGAAGUAAAGUGGCUGCCUCGAUUUAGAGCCUUCGCCACGUCCGUGUUUUGAUUUCUAGGCGCGAAGUGAUGUGGCGUGGCUGUUGGCUUUGCCGCAUUAUUAGUGGAAAGGACUCUGGUUGACGUUAUAGACAUGGCUACAUCUGGGAAUCGCGAUGAAGAAACUAUUUGCCUUUUCGAUGUUGAUGGAACUUUAACUGCACCACGACAGGUUAUAACAGAUGAAAUGAAAAACUUUUUGGAAGAUUUACAGAAGAAAGUUGUCAUUGCAGUUGUUGGUGGUUCUGAUCUUUGCAAAAUAAAGGAACAGAUGGGUGGAGAUGCUUUUGUUAAAAGUUAUGACUAUGUAUUUGCGGAAAAUGGACUUGUUGCCUACAAAAAUGGUAAACUUGUUGCAACACAGAGCAUUUCAAACUACAUUGGUGAGGAGAAACUACAGUCAUUUAUAAAUUAUUGCCUUGAGUACAUGUCAAAACUCACUUUGCCUGUCAAAAGGGGAACAUUCAUAGAAUUUCGAAAUGGCCUGAUAAAUGUCUGUCCAGUAGGCAGAAGCUGUAGUCAGGAAGAGCGAAUUCAGUUUAAUGAAUAUGAUCAGAUCCACAAAAUAAGAGAAACAUUUGUUGAAGAUCUUCGUCAGAAGUUUGCAGACUACGGGCUUCAGUUUUCUAUUGGUGGCCAAAUAAGCUUUGAUGUUUUUCCGAUUGGAUGGGAUAAGACAUUUUGUUUGAACCACGUUGAUCUAAAUAAAGUAAAGAACCUUCAUUUCUUUGGAGACAAGACGUAUAAGGGUGGAAACGACUACGAGAUAUUUGUUGAUGAUCGAACAAUUGGGCACACAGUCACUGGCCCAGAUGAUACGAUGAAGCAAUUAAGAGAACUUUUUUUCUAGAUUUGUGAUCUUUUAGCUUAGUCUUGAAAUUUGUAUAUAUGAUUUUAAUUAAAAAAUCAUUUUGCUGAAUGGUUCUUAAAGAACAACAGAUUCCAUCAACCUAAGAAGUAUGAAAAUGUCACUCCAUCCCUGACAUGUUGCAAUUGUAUGAAUCGCAUAGGAGUGAAGGAAGCCUCAAUAUAUCCAGAAUAUGAAACCAGUUUAAAUUAGACUUUAAGGUAUUUAGGCAUUGGAAUAUUUAGGCAUUUAAGUAUUCAAAAAUAGUCAUUUGAAGAUCUAAGAAGAUUUGCGCUAGUCAGUUUUUAUUGAUGCUUGCUACUCUGCCAUCACCCUCCGAUUGCUCACGGUUACAUUGCCAAGUUCAUCUUAAAUGAUCUAUUUUCCCAAACAUGCAAACCAUUUAAAUACUUUCCGGGAAAGAACUUUCGCGGUUAGAAAAUGUCUUGUUUUUCGUGUUUUUGGCCGAUAUUUUCUACGAAAUUUCCUGAAUGGGUAAAAUUGCGAAAGUGUAUUCCUGCGAAAUGUUAAAAAGAUACUACAUUCGCGAAGGUUUAUGCCCGCGAAAUUUCUUAAAAUAUAAAAUUUGCCAAAUGUUAUUCCUGUGAAUUAUCUGCAUAUGAAAAUCGCAAAUCUAAUUUCCGCUUAAAGUUAAAAGACUUGUCCUGUAUGUCUUCUGCGAGAAUUUACAUUAUUCAAUCAAUCAUUACAAUGU